CUAAAACUAGUGAUAGUUCCAUUAUAAGUUACUUGACUUUUUUCUAUCGUGUUCUUGUAAAUAUAAAAAUAAUUAGAAGACUUAUCAAGUGUUUAAUUUUGACUUGGUAUGCGAGCUAAGAGACUACUCACUAUUACAACACGUCCUCUUGAUCUUCUGACCAAUGCAACAUGUCAGAGACAGCAGGGAUAGUACAAGGAUUGGGUAAUCCAUAUAAGAUAGUCGAUCAUGCAAGAGAAAGAAGAAAGGGUAUCACUGCCUCUUCUUUAAAAGAUUUAACUAAUAUUGCUCGAAAUCGCUUGGCUUUACCACCAGAUGCAAAUCUUACAAUUGUAUUAGAGCAAGAUGGAACCGAGGUAGAUGAUGAAGAAUAUUUUGCAACUUUGGAAAGAAACACCAGUCUAAUGGUUUUAUAUGGAGAUCAGAAAUGGAUUGCAGCAGGUAGUAGCAAAACUGCUUCUCGUUAUAUUGUUGUGGAUGAUGUGGACAACAUAGAAGGCACUUCAAGAAGUACCGAAAUCAGACGUCGACGUCCUCCAAUAGAACCAUUGGUUUCAUCGUUACAUGAUGAUCCAUCACAUAUUUCAUUACUUGGUGGAAAUGAUUUAGAACUGCUCAGUGAUAUGGAUCCUGACAGCUUAGCUGAUAUAGUACCUGACAGGAUUUUCCUUGAGCAAUUGAAGGAAGCAUCUGGUCGAUUUCUCGCAGAAAAACGACAAGCACAGGAAUCAAUGGCUCUUCUUCAGAUUUAUGCAAGUGGUGGAGAAAUGGAGCGAGCGUAGGCCAUGUGGGGGGUGGGCGCCCUCACAUUGGCUAAUAUGUAUCGAGUUAGGCGUCGUAUUUUCUAUAAAGGUCGCCAAUUACAACAAACUUUAAUCCUUCUUUGGAAUUGAGCCCAUACAACAUUUACUUGCAAGCCUCAAUUGGAGCUAGCAAAAGAUCAUUGUACUACAGCAAAAAAUGAAAAAAUCUAUGGAUUAAGGAUUUACAAUUCUUUUCCAUAUAAACCUGUUUACCAGGGUUGUUUUGAAGAAAGUGAGAUGAUGAAGAAAUACGUACAGAUACACAAAUAAUUCUAUUUGACUACAAAUGAUUUAUGGAGUAUUUGAAAAUAUUUAUUCAGUCCAAAAUUAUCAAAUUUAAUAACCAAAAAUAAACAAAAUCGUGCUUAUAUAUCUUAUGAGUUAAAUAUUGUAUUAGAUCAGAUUUUAUCUUAUGUUUUUGUUAAUAUAUAUAUUAUUAACUCAAGAAUAGAUACUUUGGACAUAUGUUAAGUUUAGUAUGUGGCAUAUGGAAUUGCUUUAAUACAAAAUAUGAUUAUAAUACAAAUAUAUAAAGUACUUAGCCAUUAAAUAAUCUGAACAUAUUUGAUAAGAAAAAAUAAUGAUGUCAAAGAAGGUAUUCCGUCACGAUGUUAUCAUAUCAGUAUUAGCACAAGAAUAUGUUUUAUUUAUGUAUUUUAUGUAGAUAUAUCCAUACUGAACUUAUGUUCAACGAAGAUUGAUGGAAUAUUUAAGACUGAAUUUAUAGGAAAACCGAUUGCAUCCCCAUUAAAAUCACCAAUUCAUUGAACACUAGAUGUAGUGAUGUAUUAGAAAACAAAACAAUAUCAAUCCUUUGAUACCAAACGAAGUUGUGCAUUUGAUAAAAAAAAUCAGCAGAAAAUAAAGAAAAUAGACAGGUGUUCCUGAAAAGAUUAUACAUAUGCACAAUUAGUAGAUGAGCUUCAUGGUACUAACUGUUCUUCAUUUGUAAUAAGCAAAAUAAUUUUUAAAUAUUUAAACAAAUUGUUACUAUUGCAAUUACAUUAUGUUGUAUUUUACAUUACACUAUAUGUAAAAGUUGAAUUACGCUAUAUUUUAAAAAGAAAGAAAGGAGAGAACAGUGAAUACAAUGUGUAUGUCUACUCUUUACAGGUACUCCAUAUUUAAAUAUCGUGACAUUCUUUGAUAUAUAUAUCUUAACAUACAUAUGCAGAAUUUUAGUGUUUACAUUGUUAUCCUUACAAUAAACGUCUAAUUUAUGUCAUGCAAAACUAGUCAAUGCAACGAUCAGUAUAAGGAUAUUUAUUACUUGGUAAUAUAUAGAUACAUCACUAAACCAAACUGCAUUUGUUGUGUAUUAGAAUUAUUUUAAUUUCUAAUAAAUUAAAAGGAAUAUUAUUCA